UCACAGUGCCCCACCCCGCUUGUGCCUGUUCUGUCCUUUUUCUGACGGUCUAUCGUAUAAUGAGAAAAAUAGCAAUAUUUAUGAAAUCAUAUUUGUAUACAAAAUAUAAGUAAAUAGAAAGUGUUCAAACAUGGAUAAAUGUGCAAUUUGUCUCAAGCCUGCAGUUCAACUGUUUGAAACUGGAAAGGAUGGUGUUUAUGCCUGUUUUAAAUGUCAGCCUCUUGUACCAGAAGUGACUAUUGGUGACCAUCCAUCUGAAGCCACAGAGCCAAAGUCUUCCAAAACCAUAGAGGUGAGCAUAGACUCAAUUGGAUUGAAUUGUGAUAUAUGCGAGAAGUCUUUUCAGAAGAACACCCAGUUGCAGAGUCAUUUGCGCAACCAUCUUGCAGAGAGGCGCUUUGUUUGUACAUAUUGUAAUAAAGCGUUUUCCCAAUCAAAUAAUUUGAGAGCACAUCUCCGUAUACACACAAAUGAACGGCCAUACAAAUGCUCAGAGUGUGGCAAAGCAUUUACACAGGUGACAAAUUUAAACAACCAUGUCCGUUUGCACACGGGCGAGAGGCCAUAUGUGUGUCCGGAGGAAGGCUGCGGGAAAGCUUACGCUCAGGUGACGAAUUUGAAUCAACAUCGCAAGCGUCACCUCUCUGGUCCAGCUCCAAAACCUGGGUAUGAUUGUCCUAUUUGUGGGGAGAGUUUCCAGCAGCGGAAUCAUAUGCAUACCCACAGGCGAACUGUACACGAAGUACCAAGUGAGGUAGGUAAGAAGUCGAAGUCAUCGCGGCUGUCGUGCGGCGUGUGCGGGGAGGUGCAGCCCGGCUCCUCCGCGCUACGUCAUCACCUCGCCUCACAUGUACACGACUCUGACAAUGAUGACAAGCGCGUGUACUCGUGCGUGUUCUCGUCGUGCGGCGAGAGGUUCAUGUCCCCGGGACAGCACACGGAGCAUCUGCUGCGCGCGCACCAGCUGCGCGUGAUGACUGCGCGCGCGCCGCACCCCCCGCGCCGCGGACGACCUCCCAAAGUGUCAAGAGAUAUGUUUGAUCCGGAAGAGAAUUCCAUGUAUGAUGAGGUAAAAAUAAUCAAACAAGAAACGCAAUACUCUCCCAAAUUAAAAGUACAGAGUCUGUUCCAAUGAGGAACUUGUUUGUUGACGUUUCUAAAUUUGUAUCAUAAUUAGUACGGAUCUGUCUAAUAUUAGCUACGAUUGAACGAGUGAGCGAGAUAGAUAUAUACGGCAGUAUAAGAAGGACAGAGACGGAAGAUGUUUGAUCAACUCAGGGGUGUAUUUGGUCGUGUUUUAUUUUAUUAAAAAUAAAAAAAUUGCUUUCAUAUUUGAAUGCUGCAUUUAAUGUUUAAAAAGAGAUAUAGAUGGAUUAUAGAUGGAAGUAUUAGAUUUGUAAUUAAGUGAUAUUUUUAAGUGCAAUUUCUUAAUAAGAUAGUUUAUAAUAAAGAUAUAGUUUUGACUAUAGAUAAGAGACAAUUUUUCUUUGUGACCAUUUGCUAUGUUCGCACAAUUUGAUUUAGUUACAUCGUGCAUGAUAACAUGACCUGACGCCUAUUACGUCACUGAGUGUAUCGUACGAGCAAUUUUGCGUACCAAAAAUAAAGUACGCUUUGCAAAAUAAUGUGGAAACACGUAACUAUCAAGUUAUUGUGCACGUAUAGUAUUCCAGAGUUUGUAAAAAAACUUUAUUGUAUUCCAAUGAUUGGAUUUUUAUUUAUUUGGCGUAAAAUUAUGAAUAUCAU